AUGCGACCAUUACAGCUACUUAAAUUUCUUAUUGGAUGCACAAUGGUUUUUGCAUUUUAUUUAGGUUUUAUUGCUAUUAUGAAUCCUAGCAAUAAUAAACAGAUUCGUAGUUUUCAAGUAAGAGAAAAAAAAGUUUUAUUAGAUGAAAACAAUGAAAAUGAAGAGAUUAACAUUAAUAUUGUAAAAAAUAAAGAAAAAAUUAUUUUUAUGGAUAUUAUACCAAAAUCUAAAAAAAUAAAUAUUAGUAAUAAUUUAGAAAAACCAGAUAAUCUUGUUACUUUAAAAAUGAAAGUGACACCUGAAAAAUUACCUGAUAAUAAUAUUCAAACAGAUAUUAUAAAAGAUAAAAUUACUACUAAUUCUUCAAUUAGUAAUAUAAUUGAUGAACAAAAAGUUAUUCAAACAACGAAAUUAAAUACAAAUGUUACAAGAGUUGUUAAUGAAAAAGAUCAUACAAGUGCUCCAAUUCAUGUUUUCUAUUAUCCUUGGUAUGGUAUACCUAAAUUUGAUAAUGGUUCUUAUUAUCAUUGGAAUCAUCAUGUAUUGAAAAAAUGGGAUGAUCCUUCAACAGUUCCAUCAUACACUUAUCAACCACCUUAUGAAAUAGCUUCUGUAUAUUAUCCAUUGUUGGGGCCUUAUUCUUCACGUGAUCCAGAAAUAAUUAAUAAGCAUAUGAAAAUGAUAUCUUCUGCUGGAAUUGAUGCUAUAGCUGUUUCAUGGUUUCCAAAAGAUAUUAGUGAUAGUGAAGGAAAACCAUGGGAAGAUAUAAUUCAAAUGAUUUUGGAUACUGCUAUUAAAUAUAAAUUAAAAGUUACAUUUCAUUUGGAACCAUAUAAAGGUAGGACAAUAGAAAAUGUUUACAAAGAUAUUGUAUAUAUAAUUGAUAAAUAUGGAAACCACAGUGGAUUAUAUAAAAUGAAACCAAAAAAAAUAGAAGUUAAUAAAGGAAGUUCUUUUGAAAAAGAUGCUAAAGAUAUUGCAAAAUUAGAAAAACCUGUCUUUUAUAUUUAUGAUUCUUAUUUAAUAGAUUCAUCUGAAUGGUCUAAACUUACAUUAUUAAAUGGUUCUUUAACAAUUAGACACUCUAGAUAUGAUUCAAUUUUAAUUGGAUUAUUAGUUAAUGAGUCUGAUCAAUUAGAAAUUUUGAAAGCUGGAUUUGAUGGAAUUUAUACCUAUUUUGCUUCUGAUGGUUUUACAUAUGGUAGUACAAUGAAUAACUGGAAAAAUAUUUCUGAAUAUUGCGAAAAAAAUGAUCUUUUAUUUGUUCCAUCUGUAGGACCUGGAUAUAAUGACGAACGUGUACGUCCAUGGAAUCAAAUUAAUACUAAAAAAAGAAAUGGUGGAGAAUAUUACAAAGAACAUUUUAAAGGUGCACAUACUGCUCGGGCAGAUAUUGUUUCAAUAACUAGUUUUAAUGAAUGGCAUGAAGGUACACAAAUUGAACCUGCUGUUCCAUAUACUGAUUCUAUUACUCAUCCAAAGCAUCCUUUUAUAUAUGAAGCUUAUUCUAAAGAACCAGAACAAUAUUUACACAUAACUCUUGAAAUGAUUAAACAAUAUUUUACACCACACUCAAAAGAUAUAGAAGUUAGACUUGAAGCAAUUGUCUAA